GCUGCGCCCCCAGCGCCGCGGACCGGGACCUGACCGGCACCCGAGGAGGACCCCCGCCCGUGACGCCGCCGCCGCAGGCCCGGAGCCCGGGGCCGCGGGACUGGCGAGAUGGCCGAUGAGGUCGACUGGCUGGACCUGCCCGGCCGCUGGACCUACGGAGUUGACUGCGGUGGGAGGAUCUUCUUCGUCAAUGACGAGGACAAGUCAACCAGCUGGAUGCACCCUGGCACGGGAGCCUCCAUCCAGAGUGGACACACUGCCAACCCAGGUUUACCCAAGGGCUGGGAGAUGGAUUGUACCGCGGAAGGCGCUGUGUAUUUCAUCAACCACAAUGAAAGACGGAACACGUUUCUGCACCCAGUGACCGGCCAGGUCCCUGAGGAAAACAAAAAAUUCAGCUUGAAAACAUCGGCCCUGGACAUGUCCAAUAAAACAAGUGGUAAACGCCCAACUACCAACCACAGUGACAUUUCCAACCACAACAUGGUGUCCGAGGUCCCACCAGAGCAGCCCAACAUCCGGGCCACUCGAACAUCCCGCAAAGCCAUCGCCUUUGGCAAGCGCUCACACUCCAUGAAGAGGAACCCCAACGCCCCCGUCACCAAGGCGGGCUGGCUCUUCAAACAGGCCAGCUCUGGGGUCAAGCAGUGGAAUAAGCGCUGGUUCGUCCUGGUGGACCGCUGCCUCUUCUACUACAAAGAUGAGAAGGAGGAGAGCAUCCUGGGCAGCAUCCCCCUCCUGAGCUUCCGGGUCGCCGCUGUGCAGCCCUCUGACAACAUCAGCCGCAAGCACACGUUUAAGGCUGAGCAUGCCGGCGUCCGCACCUACUUCUUCAGUGCGGAGAGCCCCGAGGAGCAGGAGGCCUGGAUCCAGGCCAUGGGGGAGGCGGCCCGCGUCCAGAUCCCUCCAGCCCAGAAGGCGGCACCUCAACCUGGGCGCCACAGCCAGGAGAAACCGGACUCAGAAAACAUCCCCCCAGGGAAGCAACGCCCGCAGCCGCUGCACAACAGCCUGAGCAAGCCCGAGCCUGAGGCCAAGACCCGCGGCGAGGGCGACGGCCGGGGCUGCGAGAAGGUGGAGCGGAGGCCCGAGCUCAAGAAGGAGCCCCUGGUGAAAGCCAACGGCGUGCCAGCCGGACCCGAGCCAGGCUCGGAGCCGGGCAGCCCGUACCCCGAGGGCCCCAGGGUCCCAGGGGGUGGGGAGCAGCCGGCCCAGCCCAAUGGCUGGCAGUACAGCUCCCCCAGCCGGCCCGCGAGCACCGCGUUCCCGCCGCAGGAUGCGGAGAGCGGCUGCCGGCGGAGCUUCCCGCCGCGCACCAACCCGGACAAGAUCGCCCAGCGCAAGAGCUCCAUGAACCAGCUGCAGCAGUGGGUGAACCUGCGCCGGGGCGUGCCCCCGCCAGAAGACCUGCGGAGCCCCUCCAGGUUCUAUCCUGUGUCCCGCAGAGUCCCAGACUAUUACAACCCCUACUCUUCCCAGUACCCGGAGGAUUACCAGUACUACCCGCCGGGUGUGCGGCCGGAGAGCAUCUGCUCUGUGCCCGCCUACGAUCGGAUCAGCCCGCCCUGGGCGCUGGAGGACAAACGGCACCCCUUCCGCAACGGGGGCGGGCCCGCCUACCAGCUGCGUGAGUGGAAGGAGCCCGCUGGCUACGGCCGCCCGGAUGGCACCAUGUGGGUCUCCAGCCCCUCCCGGCAGCCCGUCUACUACGACGAACUGGACGCAGCCUCGAGCUCCCUGCGCCGCCUGUCACUGCAGCCCCGCUCCCACUCGGUGCCUCGCUCGCCCAGCCAGGGCUCCUACAGCCGCACCACCCGCAUCUACUCCCCCGCCCGCUCGCCCAGUGCCCGUUUCGACAGGCUGCCCCCUCGCAGCGAGGACAUCUACGUGGACCCAGCUGCCUACGUGAUGAGGAGGUCCAUCAGCUCCCCCAAGUAUGAUUACCUGGGAGACAGGCGGCCGGCCCCGGCGGGACUCUUCCCCCACAACUACCCGCCAUCCCCCUCGGUCCACGAUAAGAUGGAUGAACUAUUAGAUCUUCAAUUGCAAAGAAACCUAGAGUAUUUGGAUCAGCAGAUGAGUGACAGCGAGACACUCAUCAGUAUGGUGAACCACAUGGUGGAGAACUCCUCCCCCAGGGCUCAAGUCUUUAUGCAAGUCCCUCCGUACCCUGAUGUGUUCCGGGAUGGACUCCACACCUACAAGUUGAACGAGCAAGACACAGAUAAGCUGUUGGGCAAACUGUGUGAGCAGAACAAGAUGGUACGAGAGCAGGAACGGCUGGUGCAGCAACUGCGGGCCGAGAAGGAGAGCUUGGAAAGCGCCUUGAUGGGAACCCACCAGGAGUUGGAGAUGUUCGGCAGCCAGCCCGCCUACCCAGAGAAGCUGCUGCACAAGAAGGAGUCACUGCAGAACCAGCUCAUCAACAUCCGUGUGGAGUUGUCUCAGGCUACCACGGCUCUGACGAACAGCACCCUGGAGUAUGAGAAUCUUGAGUUGGAGGUCUCUGCCCUACACGAUGACCUCUGGGAACAGCUCAAUUUGGAUCUGCAGAAUGAAACCCUCAACAGGCAGAUCCAGAAGGAGAUCUGGCGCAUCCAGGACGUCAUGGAGGGACUGAGGAAGAACAACCCGUCCCGGGGCACGGACACGGCCAAGCACAGAGGAGGACUCGGCCAUUCGGCCACCUACAGCUCCAACAGCCCAGCCAGCCCUCUCAGCUCUGCCAGCCUCACCAGCCCCCUGAGCCCCUUCUCUAUGGUGUCUGGCUCCCAGGGGUCCCCCACCAAGCCCGGUUCCAAUGAGGAAUCUGGCCCGCCUCGGCCUCCCCUCCCCAAAGCCUACGUCCCCCUGGAGUCCCCUCCAACUGUCCCUCCACUCCCUAACGACAGCCGCUUCUGGCCCUAUCCCACCUCCCCUUCUUGGCACCGCAGUGGCGAGACAGCCAGGGGGCAGUGCAAGACCAGCUACGAGCCAAGCAAGAAGGAUCCCCUCCAGGACGCCCCCCACGACAUCAGCCUUGUGCCCACUAGGCAAGAGGUAGAAGCCGAGAAGCAAGCUGCUCUCAAUAAAGUGGGCAUCGUGCCGCCACGGGCAAAGUCGCCAGCCGAUGAAGAGGUGACCCCAUCGGCAGUGGUGAGGAGGCCCGCCAACGGGCUCCCCAACGGGCUGGCCUCUCGGCAGGAACGCCCCAAGAGUGCACUGUUUCCUGGCGAGGGGAAGGUGAAGAUGAGCGUGGAGGAGCAGAUCGACCGCAUGCGGCGGCACCAGAGCGGCUCCAUGAAGGAGAAGCGGAGGAGCCUGCAGCUGCCCGCCAGCCCUGCCCCUGAGCCCAGCCCCCGGCCUGCCUACAAAGUGGUGCGCCGUCACCGCAGCAUCCACGAGGUCGACAUCUCCAACCUGGAGGCGGCCCUGCGCGCCGAGGAACCUGGCGGGCAGGCGUACGAGACACCACGGGAGGAAAUCGCCCGGCUGCGCAAGAUGGAGCUGGAGCCCCAGCACUACAACGUGGACAUCAACAAGGAGCUCUCCACCCCAGACAAAGUCCUCAUCCCUGAACGCUACAUUGAUCUGGAGCCCGACAUCCCUCUGAGCCCCGAGGAGCUGAAGGAGAAGCAGAAGAAGGUGGAGAGGAUCAAGACGCUCAUUGCCAAGUCCAGUAUGCAGAACGUGGUGCCCACCGGCGAGGGGGACUCUGUGGACGUGCCUCAGGACUCAGAGAGCCAGCUGCAGGAGCAGGAGAAGCGGAUUGAAAUCUCCUGUGCCCUGGCGACCGAGGCCUCCCGCAGGGGCCGCAUGCUGUCUGUGCAGUGUGCAACCCCCAGCCCUCCCACCUCCCCUGCUUCCCCGAUUCCACCAGCCAACCCCCUGCCGUCUGUCCCCACGGGCGCCGACAGCAGCCAAGCCAUGCGGCUCUGA